AUGGGGGUGAUAACUCCAACGCCCAAACUACCUAUACGGAGUAAACCACUACCAGACGGUCAUGAUGACCCCUCGAGCCAUGACGAGGCCGAAGAAAUUCUUCCAGAGACUCAUAUUUCACCAACAGCUUCUUCACGCAAAACAAAGUCUUUAGAGGUCAAGCCAAAGAGCCGGCUGGAGGAGCAGAACUCCGAGUCGAAGCUUGUCGGCAGUGAGGGCAAUGACAUCUUUGAUCUCAGCGAUAUAACGGAGAGUGAUGGUUCUGAGAGACCAAGGAAACGGCAAGCCCAAGAGCAGACAAACCAGGAACACAGUACCACCGAUAAGGUUUCAGUCAGAGAUCGGGACGGCAACACCAUUGCGACAAAUAGACCUCGGAGACGCCCCAAAGUCCUAAAGGAUCCGAUGGUUCUAGAGACUCUCAAUCAGCCAGAGAUCAAACCGACAACGAAUCAAGUUGAACCAAGCAAUCCCAAAUCAAAGACAGACGUUGGUCAUCGCUCUCCUAAGAUGAAACUUAAAGCUGAGGCUGAGUGGGUAUCGAAGAAAAGCUCAGGUGUGGUUUCAGAUUUCUUGACCGACCUACCUCCCUUUGCUCUUCAGAGCUCAGAAGCAGAUCAGCGACGUUCGACGUCAGCGUUCAUGAACCAAUUCGAGCCCUUACUGCCAAAACAAAAGCUAGCGUCCUCACCUCCUAUUCUCCACACACAAGUGCACAAGGAGAUUAUUACGACCGACACAGGAGAAAAUGGUGAUCAUGGUAAUGAAUGCUCGACCUCUCCUCUCUUAGUUGACCAGGAUCCCGCGCACACAGAUUCCAAAUGUCCAGCAGUGGCCUGCCUUGGAAAUCAACCGACCCAUCGUGCUGCAGCAGGAAGCUCGGCUGAGAAACCCGAUAUUAAGGCCGCCGUUUUGCCUUCCAUACAUCUGGAUAAUUCAUCGAAUACCAUCAGACGAUCGUCCGAACGGCUUAGCAAGGAUCCCGUGGCCAUUAAGAAUGAUGCUGUGCGCUCCAAUGCCCAGCCUCAAGACACCUCACCGCUGCCAAACUUAAAGGAUCCGUCAGCAACAGAUGCAUUGGCCCCAGAAGAGAUGUGGAGGAGAGCAAUUGACGAUGAUUCUCCACCACUGGUUUUACAGAGGCUUACGACUCCCAAAGAAGAGAUAGUUCGAGACAUUGCAGCUGAGUAUGAGCAAAAUGCCCUACGCAUGAUUGAUAAUAUGUCUUCCCGUCAUUGGGACGAGAAAGAAGACAUGUACAAUCUUCUCCAACAGGCAUCUCGCAAAGCUCUCUCUAUCGUAGUUGACGCAGCGUUCGACAUACGCACCUUCACCAACAGGCUUCAAGAAGUGGAUCUCAGCCAGACGACGAGCAUACUCUCUAAAUCAGGUCUUGCGGACAAGCUUGGUGUUGCGACACGAUCGUUCUACCAGAAGGUCAAACACCACACCGAGACUGGAUCGAUACAUGAUUUGAUGCCUGAUGACUUUAAUCCUGUGAGCGACAGCGAAUCCCAGAGCGAAGUAUUGGACGCUCUUGCGACUACAUAUCGAUUGCGGCUUUUUGACGCCAUGCAGCACUCUGAUAAUCAAGAUCCUGAUUCAGCCCAGUCAAUGGUCAAAGAGGUCAAUGACUUCAUUGAGAAGUGCUUGGCAGGCGAUAUAAAAAAAGCGGCACGUCCUGAAGCAAAGCAGAAGCCAAAACCUGCUACACCCCUGACGAUAGAUGAAGAGUUGGAAGCGGCUCUGAACUCCGCCAUGGUCAAGAAGCAUCACGAGGCUGACAAGCUUUCAGCUGUGGGGAGUUCUUGA